AUGUUGCGAGCAUGCGUGAUUGACUGGGGUGGGUCGUGGGACCGGCACUUACCAUUGGCGGAGUUUGCGUACAAUAAUAGUUAUCAAGCCAGCAUACAGAUGCCCCCUUUUGAAGCUCUCUAUCGAAGAAAGUGUAGAUCGCCUAUCCACUGGAAUGAUGUUGGCGAGAGGCAGAUUCUAGGGCCUGAGCUGGUCCAGCAAGCUAAUGAAAAGUGCGGGUUGUGCGAGAACGUCUACGAGCCGCACAGAAUAGACAGAAGAGCUAUAGUGUCGCCAACUAAGGGGGUAAUACGGUUUGGGCUUCAAGGAAAGCUGAAUCCACGUUACAUUGGACCUUCUGAAAUACUGGAACGAGUCAACAAUGUGGCGUACCGAGUAGCAUUACCGCCUUCUCUUGCUAGGGUGCAUAAUGUGUUCCAUGUGUUGAUGUUGCGAAAGUAUGUUCAAGAUCUAAAACACGUCAUCGACUAUUCUCCAAUUCAGUUAAGAGAGGACCUAUCAUACGUGGAGCAGCCUAUCUGGAUCUUGGAUCGAAGGGAAAAGGUUUUGCGAAAAAGGACGGUUCAGCUGGUACGUGUGCUGUGGAGGCAUCACGCGGAGAAUGAGGCGACGUGGGAGCCGGAAGAGGAGAUACGGAGCAAGUAUCCUCAGCUCUUUCCAAAUUCUGUUAAGUAA